UUAGAUUGACUGAAGCAUUGCGUGACAGAGUGAAAGAGAAACUGAAAACUUUUAAGGUAAUGAAUAACUUCAAUUGAACUUGUAAUUUGGCAUUCAAAUGAAGCCUACAACAACAUGUAUUUGUGUUUUUUAUUAAAGGGGGACAGUUCAACCAAUUUAAAAGGUUUGCCUUCUUCUCCGUGCUUUUUGGAUUCUCUCGGAAAGAAUAAGUCAAGUUCCAGAUAUGGGAAUUUUGCCAAACAAGAAGAUUUUUUUCCUGAGAACCAGGAUGCUCCUACUGAAGAAAACCCAAACAACUAUGAAGUUCUGAGUGUUGAGAAAGAAGUUCCAUUAGAUGAAGCCUUGGCAUUUUUUACAUCAACUUUUGAAAACCACACAAAGCUGGAAGAAGUUGAUCAAAAUGUUGACCAGAAAUCAAUAAAUGGCAGUCUUCAACAUGCCUGUGACCUAAAUGAGCAAACCCCACUGCUUCGCCAAGUCAGAGAAAUAAUGCCAGAACUACUUGAAGUAAAAGCUGCUGAGUAUGAACACAGUGAUUUGAAGGAAGAACAAUGUGAUUAUCUUUUCAUACCAAGCACUCUUCCAGUUAUACACAGCUCUAAAUUACCAAAUAAUAUGUUGCCACGGAUUUUAGAAGAUGAAGGAUUUUACAUUCCAAGAAAACCUUACAUUCCUAGGAAUACAUAUCACAAAAUGGAAAAUCGUCUUCUUCAGCAAGAAGGGGGGACAGACUGGUUUGAAGAAAGUGGAGAAAUAAUAUCAUUACCUUCACCUGUAAAACAAGCUCAUCAUUGCAGAGUAUCUUUUCCUGUUGAGGCUGAUACACAGUUAAGGACAACAUAUAGGAAGGCAAUGCGUCCUGAACUGGAAAAGCGUAUUAUAACUACGACAGGAGAAGAAAGCAAGAUUUACCAACUUGAUCUUAACAUAUCCAGCAUUGUAUUCAAUCACCAUUCUCUUUUCAAUUGUGAGCAAGUGUUAGCUUCUAAACUGCUUAACAUUUACGAGUGCUUUCAAAAAAGAUGCCAGCAAAAUGUUACUCACUUGCUAUCUGAAAAGCUCAAAGCAUUAACAAGUGCCACCAAGCUGAAGGAAAGUAAUUUAAAAAUAAGCCAGCUGAGUACAAAUACAUUAAAGGAUUUCAGAUCACAAAUAAGACAUACUAAAAGGUUAUAUGAUAAAGAACGCCAAAGAGAUAGCUCUUUAAUACAAAGCAUGUUGAAGAUAUGGAAACAGAUAAAAUCUGUACGUAUACGACAAGGAUUUGUCAGUACUACAGUAAAGCUGCAGUUUCAAAGGCUGGCAAAUAUCUCUGAACUGGAUGACUCUGAAGCCAAAAUAUCUGAAGAUGAUGAAAAAGUGGAUUGCUUGGAGUCAUCUCAUGUACUUCAAACUGCAACAGAUUUUGGAGAUCAGACUGAAUCUCUUUUCAUUCCACACCUCUCAUUUGUGACAGAGAUAACAGCAACAAACAUGUGCCCCAAAAAUGAACAAAAGAGAAGAGAUAGAGUCAAGCUGGAGAAAUACCUUAUUAAAAUAUAUUACAAUAAUAAAUUGGUUUCUUCUACUCCAGAAGCUCCUCUGUGCCAGGAAUUUAAAGUAAUGUUUCAACAAAUGUUUAGAAUUCAAGUAUUAAACUGGCCUGAAUCUCUUUGCUUAGAGAUUUUUAAAUCAAGUAAAAAACCAUCUUUGUUGGCCAGAGUAUACUUGGCUGUUCCCAGUGUCUUUAUAUUAAAAAGCAAGGAUGUUUUGGAUGAGGUUGAAUUUAGCUGCGAGCAGCAAGUUUACCCUUUGGAUGGGGCAGUGGGAAGCAAUGUACCUUUUCUUCUUGAAAAUGAAACUGAAGAAUUAUGUAUUCUGACAUCAGGAAAAGUAAUUUAUUCCUUAUUUUGGGCAGUUGAUGACAAAGGAGUUCCUUUAGCACCCACCUUUCAACCUAUAUCUGUUGGCUCUACUAGUAUGUCAAGGAAUGUCAGGUCUGGCAGAGGAAUUGGAACUUGGUGGCAUUCUGAUAUACAGAAAUGUAUUGAGUGGGCAAACGAGGCCAAUAUUGAUCCAAAUGACCCUGAUUACACAGAUUUAUUUGAAUUAAUCACGUAUGCAAGAUCCCUGGAACAAAGUAAUUCCAAGUACUUUCGUCUUGAACAGCUGCAUGAAGAAUUUAACUUUGUCACUGCAGAAGAGAUUGAAAAUUGUAAACGUUUUCAGCUGUUGCAGCUGAGAAGCUUAGGACAGUUAGACUUCUACUGUUUUCAGCAAAUUCCUCUCUAUGACAGAGAGAUAUCAGACACAAUCUUCCAGCAAUAUGGAAGCCAGUUUGAAAAUGACAUGUCAAUGACAGAUGUGGAUCCUAUUUCUGCACAAAGGAAUAGCUCUGUCAACUUCAUUAGGAUGAUGAGAAAGCAAGUUAGAAAACAAAUUGUGACCAUUCGGCACAAAUAUAAUUUAUCAGAUAUUGUGAGUGAUUAUGAAGAAAUUAUAUCUAUGAGCCAAUUGAGUGAUGCAAUUUUCAAGUUAGGGGAACGCAGAAGGCAUUUGAAGCCACAAAGGAAAGAAAGACGCAAGAUUCCAGCGCAGGCUGUCUCUGAUGGAGAUGUUAAACUUCUCAUCAGAAUAUUGAGAGCAUAUAAUAUUCCUGAAAGAAAGCUGCUGGAAAUUAAGGGGACAGUCUCACAUUCUUCAUCUUACUUAUUGAAUCGUAUGUCCCGUGGCAGACAUAUUUUCUCAGGAAACUCAGCCUAUACAGCUGAUCUUCCCAGUGAGAUUUCUGUCCACCCUUUUGUAGAAGUAACUUUCCAGAACACAGUAUAUCAGACAAGUACUGCUGAUGGCUCACAUCCAUGUUGGAAUGAAGAACUUCAAGUUGAUUUCACGUCACCAGGGCAUGACUAUACUUUCUCAGGGCUGUCUAAAAUAAAAGACAACAUAAAUAUUAACAUUUUUGAUGAAUUUGUAAUUGAAAAGCAUGAGGAAGUCUGCCCGAAAACCUGCAGCGGUCAUUCCUAUGUAAGGAAGAAUUGGCUUGGAUCCGUUACAUUUCCUUUUUCUGCUCUCCUGGAACAAUCAAAGAUAUGUGGUACAUUUCAAGUAAGCACACCACCAAUUCUGCUUGGAUAUACUUGGAGUAAGACAUAUGUACCUCCUAAAGAAGAAUGCUACGGACAGAACUUGAAAGAAUAUACUUUUUUAACUAUCUUUGCCACUGUUGAACCUCAGCUAUCUUCUGCUGAAAAUAACUUACAGCCAGAUAAGCUUAUAAAUAGUGAAGAUGAAACACUAUUGCAAAGAGCAUACAUUUUUAAGCAAGCAUGUAAAAUGUUGUUUCCAAAGAGAAGAAUCAUAACUUCAGUUUUUGACAAUCAAGGAAGAAAUGUUUUAGUAACAAAGUAUAUCACUCCUCUCAAUCCACCACAAGUAUUACUUGAUAUGUAUCCCGAUGAUCCCAACUCAAUUUCUGACCUUGUAUCACGAUUUGUAUCUUUAAUUCCUUGCAUGUCAGAUACUGUGGAUGAAAAUGGUGAUGUGGAUAUUUGGAUGACAUCAGAGCACUGCAUCAAAUGGGGUAUUUGUAAUAAAGAAGAGCAUGCAGUGCUUUUGUGUAACUACCUUCUAUAUAUCGGAAAGAAAGCCUGGCUGCUUUUAGGGGCAUCUGUGCUAGAAGGGAAAGUAGCAUAUGUAGCAUCACAAGAAAAUGGAGAAUUUUUCCUUUGGAAUCCUCUCAGUGGUCAGUGCUACAAACAAUUUGAUGCAUUUUGUCCAUUGCAGAGUGUUGAUUGCUUGAUCAAUCAGGAAAAUGUCUGGUUCAACAUGCAGCAGAACAGUUCACCCAUGUGCGUCAGUUUUGACAUUUCAAAGGAAUGCUUCUGGAAGCAAAUGCUUCCAGUUAUUCCUCAGGAUUUGAAAACACAGACAGUACAGCCAAAGAAAAUACAUUAUAUCCCAACUGAUGAAAGUUUGAUAGAAGAACUACAGAACAGGAUUGAAAAGACUUUAAAAAAUAAAAUAAUGGAAUGGCGAUCCCAGCAUCCAACUCGGUGGCAUCGACAAUGUACUAAUGUCCUACGACAGCUUCUUCCAAAGCUAGAAUUUAGAAAUGGACAUACAGCUAAGGAAAAAGAGGAGAAUUAUUUGGAGACUUUUCAUGAGCACUAUUGGGUUACAGGAUUUCCUAUUCAGAUGCUGUAUCUCGAUGUACAGUCAAUAACAGAGGCAGUUUAUCAGACAGGAAUUCAUUCUUCGGAGGUUCCCAACACAGAAUUUGCUCUUGCUGUGUAUAUCCAUCCUUACCCAAAUAACAUGCUGUCUGUCUGGAUCUAUUUGGUAUCUUUGAUCCGUCAUCAGUAGUAUCAGAUCCGCUCAGGAAUCAGGAAUUUGUUGUAUCUGCUAAAUGCUUUCUCAUGGUGAAUUUUUACUCAUAUAUCACAAAAAAGGAAAAUGUUAAAGUUAUAUCUUCAGAUUCAUAUUGUCUUUAAGCAGCUAUUGCCUCUUACCUGUUCUUGACAUAUUGGUUGCAAAAACCUUGCUUGCUUGUGAAUUUAUUAAAAGGGCUAUUAUACAUAAA